GGCGACAAACCCCCGUCAGGCACUGAUAGGCUAGUGUAGAGCGUAGAAGAAGACACACUUCCGGAACAACAAUAGUAAACAUCGUUUGCACUGCAGCUUAAGAGAAAGCGAUUCUUUUGUUUCUUCUGAGUUGGUACACAUUAACAGGUACGCUGGAAUUUUCUGACACCCACUCCGACAUGUCCUAUGUCUUCAUCAACGACUCGUCACAAACCAACGUGCCUCUACUGCAGGCCUGCAUCGAUGGAGACCUGCCCUUCACCAAGAGGCUCAUGGAAACAGGAUGUGAUCCCAAUAUCCGAGACAACCGCGGACGGACUGGUAUGCAUUUAGCGGCUGCCAGAGGAAAUGUGGACAUCUGCCGCCUCCUGCACAAGUUUGGAGCUGACCUGCUGGCCACAGAUUACCAGGGAAACACAGCGCUCCAUCUGUGUGGACACGUGGAUACCAUCCAGUUUUUGGUGUCCAAUGGGCUUAAGAUUGAUAUCUGUAACCACAAUGGCUCAACUCCUCUGGUGCUGGCCAAGAGACGUGGUGUCAACAAGGAUGCCAUUCGUCUGCUGGAGGGUCUGGAGGAGCAGGAGGUGAAAGGCUUCAACAGAGGAGCACACUCUAAACUGGAGACCAUGCAGAUGGCAGACAGUGAGAGUGCGAUGGAAAGCCACUCCUUACUCAACCCUAACCUGCAGAGUAGUGAGGGCGUGCUGUCCAGCUUUAGGACCACCUGGCAGGAGUUUGUGGAGGACCUGGGCUUCUGGAGGGUUCUGCUUCUGCUCGUGGUCAUCGCCCUGCUCUCUCUGGGCAUCGCCUACUAUGUCAGCGGGGUCCUGCCCUUCUCCAGCAGCCAGCUGGAGCUGGUGCACUGAGAGGAGGAGGAGGUGCUAGUGAUGCUCUGCUUGCUUCCACUGCUUGUACAAACAGCACAAACGCUCCCAAGCAUUCAUAUGAAUUGUGUCCGAUCAGAACAUAAAUCACAUCCUUGGCUUCAGGUGAUAGAGUUCAGGCAUUUUUAUGAGUGGUGUGGCUGAAAGAGGUACUGACACACAGUCAGUAGUGUCAGUGUUGUGAGCCCCCU